AUGUCUCUUACAUUGGAGGUCAGUGGGAAGAAUGCCCCUUACAUUGGUGGUCAGUGGGAAGAAUGUUCCUUACAUUGGAGGUCAGUGGGAAGAAUGCCCUUUAUAUUGGUGGUUAAUGGGAAGAAUGUUCCUUACAUUGGAGGUCAGUGGGAAGAAUGUCCCUUACAUUGGAGAUCAGUGGGAAGAAUGUCCCAUACAUUGGUAGUCAGUGGGAAGAAUGCCCUUUACAUUGGUGGUCAGUGGGAAGAAUGCCCCUUACAUUGGAGAUUAGUGGCAAGAAUGCCCCUUACAUUGGAGAUCAGUGGGAAGAACGUCCCAUACAUUGGUAGUCAGUGGGAAGAAUGCCCUUUAUAUUGGUGGUCAGUGGGAAGAAUGCCCCUUAUAUUGGAGGUCAGUGGGAAGAAUGCCCCUUACAUUAGAGGUCAGUGGGAAGAAUGCCCCUUACAUUGGAGGUCAGUGGGAAGAAUGCCCUUACAUUGGAGGUCAGUGGGAAGUAUGUCCCUUACAUUGGAG